CUUUGUUAGGUGACAGCAUAAAAGGUCAGGUUUCCUUUGCCAAAGAGACUGGUCUGUAAUAUAAACUUCGCUUGAGCUGUUAUUGGAAAUGGAUACUAUUUUAGUCAGACGAUUGACAAUUUUGACUAUAACCACUUCAGUUUUGGUAAUAUCAAACUCCUUAUGCGUAGACGAAUCCAUGAUGACCAAUCUUCUCAGCAGAGAAAAUGUUGAUGCUGAAUAUUCUAAGCCUAGAGAAGCCCAAGAGAGAAUGCAGAGAAGCCUCAAUGUUGAAGAAUUAAGAGACUGGGGGCCCAAAAACUCAGGGUUCAUGAAAUUGAACUCUGCAGCCAACAGGGCGCCAAACUCUCUAAACAAUUUACCUCUGAGAUUUGGGAGAACCUUUCAAGGGGAAAGGAGCAUUAAGCCAUUCGUUAAUUUGCCUCUUCGCUUUGGAAGACAUUUUGAGAGUGGAAUCCCAAGGCACCUUCCUAAUCUGCCACAGAGGUUCGGAAGGACAACUGCCAGCGGUGUCUCCAAGGCUUUUUCCAACUUGGCACAAAAACUUGAAAAGCCCUUCCCUCCCUACCUAUUAAGAUACUCCACAACCAGACAGCCUUGGACGUUUCGGAGGCCUCAACAUCGGAACUUCAGGAACCAGAACUUUAACAGUUAUCUUGGAAAGAAAUCAGGUGGUGGUGAACUGAGUCAAGAGAACUUGGAAUCCAGAAUCCUAACCUAAAAAUGGAGUGAAGGUCGUGACGUGGACAGGACACUCCCUUUUGAACAAAAUAGCCCUUAUAGUGAUGAAAAGUAGUAGUUGUCAUGUAUUAGUUUGUGUCUCCGCCGGUGUACCAUCAACAACGUUUUCGUGAAUACUCACUACCACUGAGGACCUGGAAGUUAUAAAGAAUAGUUUUCAAAACUAGUUGUAAUGUAUUACCUGAAAUAAUUUGAGACCAAAUAAAAUAUCAUGCAACUAUAAGAAA